CAUGCCUUGCCACUUGUAAAACUGGGAGGGUACUGUGCAGAGCCGACUCAGCCGAGACCUCCGCGACGUUCCUUUUUGUUACCCGGCAAAUCCGACAACAAAAAGAUCCAAAUUCGAACCCCGAAUCUCACUUUUAAAGUUCCUGUUUUUUUUAAUGGUUCUGAGUUUCGAUUUCUCUCCCAAUAGCCCGUUUCAGAGCUUAGAGAUUGAGGGUGUCUGGUUCUGAAACCCCGUUCUACUCGCUUGUCAAAUUGCACGUCGACCAAUCGAUCUCUUUUCAGAUUUUACGAGCGAAGCAGAGAUAUUGCCAGACUUACAAGCUCCGAUUUUUCACCAUUGUAGUUCAAUAAGUUUACAACCAAACUUUUCUGGAUGAGUUGGUUUCUCUUCAUCUCGGGUUAUUCAUUCUGCCUCUGUACACACACUUUUGUUUGCAUUUUUUGUAUUUUAUAUAGUGCUAUACCUCUUUAGGGCCUUGACAGGCCUGAAUUUGAUUUUGUUCCCUGGAGGACUAUAAUUAGAAGGAUUAUGUCAAUUUUGAAAAAAGUACAGUUAAUAUAUGUUAGUAGCCUGUCCCAAUCAGUUAGGAUGCGGGCAUAGUUGGGCUGUCUUGUCAUGAAUAUAUACUGCUGGCACUUUCAACACAUAUUUUACUUUUAUGACACAAAAUGAAGCACCAGAUAAAUGUUUAACCAAAGCACCGCAUAAAAAAGGCCAUUUGCCUGAUGAAUUUACUCUAUGUUUACUUUCAGGGGCAAAUUGCUGUUAGCCUUAGCAAGUGUUGUAAUUUUUAUGUUCAUUCUCCCUCCGAUAUUAGAAUGUGGAAUUUUGCAUCCAAUUGCAUAGCUGGAAGUGUUGGACUGAAAAAUGGUUGUCUAAACCCCACCCAAGCUGCUUCUGAAUGCUCUGAUGAUGAGGCUUCUUCAACUGUUAGCAGAGAGGAAGGUCUAGAGUGCCCAAUAUGCUGGGAAUCAUUCAACAUUGUUGAAAAUGUACCCUAUGUGUUAUGGUGCGGCCAUACCCUUUGUAAAAAUUGCGUACUGGGACUACAAUGGGCCGUUAUGAAAUUUCCCACUCUACCAGUUCAGCUUCCACUUUUUAUAUCCUGCCCGUGGUGUAAUCUCUUAUCCUUUCGUCUCAUUUAUGGGGGAAAUCUCAAGUUUCCUCGCAAGAACUACUUUCUUCUCUGGAUGGUUGAGAGCAUGAAUGGUGAUAGAGGGAAGUCUCAUUCGUGCUUCUCUAGGGAUCAUCAAUCAGUCCGGCCAGCAAAUGGCAAUUUACCAAAUGGUCAAGUGGGCCAUGGUAACCUUAGGAGGGUACAACAUUCUCGGCAUCCUGAGCCAUCAAGAUCAAGCAAUAACCAUGGCCGUCUCAAUAAUUACCUCAGUAUGGUGGCUUUACACACUUCUCUUCAAAAGUCGCUGGUUUUCUUUGUUCAUUUGACAGCCAAGUUCCCGUUGGUUGUUAUAUUUCUUCUGAUUGUCUUAUAUGCGAUACCUGCCAGUGCAACCAUCUUGGCUCUGUACAUACUUGUCACACUUCUGUUUGCUCUCCCAUCAUUUUUCGUACUGUACUUCGCAUAUCCUACUCUGGAUUGGCUUGUGAGAGAAAUCAUCACAUGAGAUGCUCUUUUUCUCUUAGUUUGCUAGUGCUGUGUAUAAUGCGACGAUUUUCCACCUUCUAAGGUUGAGCUGAGUAAUUCCAUCAAAGCCCGUCUCAGUAGCAUCCAAGUCUCUUCAUUUUCAGAAUCGUUUUGGCUCUUAUGGAAUGCAGGUGGUAUGAAGAUGUGAUAUUGUUUUCUGGAAUUUUAAAGUGUUGAUUUCAUCCAGGUCCAAAUGCAAAUUCUUUAUUUGCGGACAGUUCCGUUGUGGAUUUUCAAAGCUGUACAGUUGUAAUAGGUAAUUCUUACGAGGCCUAUAUAUGAAUAGCUUGAGUGAUUGUUUGCAUUGGAAAAAAUUCUACGUAAUGGUUAUGCGAUUUUAUUACAGCUU